AUGGACAGAGACAACCAGACUAGAGUGGCAGGAUUCCUUCUCCUGGGACUCUCUGGGCAGUUAGGGCAGGAAGAGGUCCUCUUUGGGCUAUUCCUGUGGAUGUACCUGGUCACCGUCAUCGGGAACUCCAUCGUCUUGGCCAUCAGCUGUGACAGUCAUCUCCAUAUGCCCAUGUACUUCCUCUUGGCCAGCCUCUCCUGUGUCGACAUCUGCUUUUCCUCAGUCACCGUCCCAAAGAUGCUGCUGAAUCACACUCUGGGAAGCAAGUCUAUCUGCUAUGUGGAAUGUAUGACCCAGAUCUACUUCUUUAUCACUUUCAUCAACAUGGAUGGGUUCCUCCUGAGUGUGAUGGCCUAUGACCGGUACGUGGCCAUCUGCUGCCCCCUCCACUACACCGUGAUCAUGAAGCCCAAGCUCUGUAUCCUGCUGGUGGCUGCAUCCUGGGUCAUCACAAACCUGCAUGCUCUCCUGCACACUCUCCUCAUGGCCCAGCUCACGUUCUGCUCCAACAAUACUGUGCAUCACUUUUUCUGUGACCCUUAUGCAGUUCUAAAGCUGUCUUGUUCUGAUACCUUUAUUAACGACCUGAUGGUAUUCACUGUGGGUGGAGUGAUAUUUCUGACACCAUUUACAUAUAUCAUCCUUUCAUAUGCCUAUAUCUUCUCUAAUGUACUGAAGUUGCCAUCUACCCACGAUAAAGCCCUGUCCACGUGUGGAUCCCACCUGACUGUGGUCUCCCUCUUCUAUGGGGCCAUCCUGGGGGUCUAUAUGCGACCUUCAUCCUCCUACUCAGUACAAGACAUGGGGGCCACUGUCAUCUUCACAGUGGUGACUCCCCUGUUGAAUCCCUUCAUCUACAGUCUGCGAAAUCGUGACAUGAAGGCAGCCUUAAGGAAACUAAUCUCAGAUUCUAGAAUAAGAAAAUUUUAG